AUGGCGCAACAUAAGGCCGAUAUGGAAAUGAUUGAUGAGUGGAAAGAGAGAGCUAUUACAUACAAUGAAAGGCUGGAAUAUCUGGAGUACAAUUUAAUGGAAUUAGAAGGGAAUAUAAGAAAUAGAGUCACUGGUUGCCAGAACGCUAAAGGAAACAAAGGAGGGAAUUUGGCAAAGGUUGAUGUUAUCAAGAAUAGGGCUGAAUCAUCGCUUGUGGCGGAAGUGAAAGAAAAGCAAUAUAACGAUUCAUUGUCAGCGCAACUGAAGGAGGGGAUUCAUGAACAUAAGACCACAAUGUUUUUCUCUCUUGGCAUGGAUGAUGGUACACUACGGUACCAAGGGCGGCUAUGUGUUCCAGAUAUAGAUGAUAUUCGGGAAAGAAUCAUGGUUGAGGCUCAUAGUUUUAAGUAUUCCAUUCACCCAGGUUCUACAAAAACAAUGUAUCAUGAUUUCAAGGAAGUUGAUUGGUGGAAUAACAUGAAAAGGAAUGUGGUGGACUAUGUGGCAAAAUGUCUGAACUGUCAGCAAGUGAAGGCCGAACAUCAAAGGCCUGGUGGAUUGGCACAAAUU